AUGACAGUUCUUCGUGUACUUGUUUGUGUGUGUUUCGUGGCGGUGCUGAGCUUUGCUGCUGGCGGUGCUGAUGGGGCGCUGCAGUUCCACUGGAGGGGGCACACCAGCAAUCCCAAUCUGGCGAAGGACCUUGCCCCGACGUGGGAGGGAGUCUUUAAGGCCAUCCUCCAGUCCAUCGAGGAUGAUGAGUUCCGCAAGGACGUCCAGGAGAAGAUUGCUGAUGGUGUGAGGCGUGAAAAGACAUCGGAAGUCAUCAGUUACUGUGAUCUUAGCAUCGUUGAGUGCAACAAGUAUGAUAUUGUAAAGAUGACACUCCGUGGCAUGGAGGGGGGAAAGCUGAAUCUCGCAUACCUUCCAGAUACCCUGCAGUCUCUGGAGGUGUCGGACAGCACAUUGGCUCAGGAAUUCCGCGUAGAAAACCUGUCGCCAAACUUGGAAACCAUUGUCUUCUCGAACGUGAGCUUUGCGUCUCCUGCUGCUGUGAUUGCCCCCACGUCCGCAGCACUGAAAAAACUCGUGUGCAAAAAGUGUGGUCUGGGCAUGGUGACGUUCGGUGACGGAAAUGGAUUAAAUAUUUUGGAUCUUAGCUAUAACGACUUCACCACAGUGCCGUCGUCUCUGCCUGCAACAGUGAUGUCACUGAGCUUGAAGGGCUGCAAGCUGGCCGGACCGCUGGAGAAGCUGCUGGGGGCGCUGCCAACGAAUGUUCAGUCAAUUGACGUCGGCUACACACAUCUCACAGAUAUCCUUGAGGGUAUCAAGGGGGUUCCGCAUCAUGUGCAGCAUAUUGAUAUCAGCGGAAACCCAAUCAAUACGGACGUUUCAUUACUCUUGGAUGCCCUACGGCCCAGCAGUGGUUUCCUUCAAGGAAUUCUGGUAAAGGGCUGUGGCCUGUCAGGAAGGCUGCAGCGGUUUCAAAACAUGGUCGCCCUGCGCACGCUUGAUGUCUCCCACAACAGCCUCUCAUCCGUGAGGUGGGCAGAGCUGCCACCGCGCUUAGAGGUCCUUGCUCUCAGCCACAAUGUCUUUGGUGGUGUUCUUCUGGUAAGGAAUCUUCCUCCCUCUCUCAAGGUACUGGACGUCUCCCAUAACAAACUGGAGGGAAGACUGAACGUUGCAGACGUGCCGCCGAAUCUGGAGACACUGGACGUAAGUUACAACGGAUUCUCGGGUGCCAUUGAUCUCACGCAGCUUCCGGAUUCUAUCCGAUAUGUAUACGUACAGUUCAAUAGGUUCCAAGGCACACCAAAUUUGGUGGAGAUACCAGUUGAUCUCCGGCGUAUAUUGAUACACGACAAUGACUGGGAUUCGCUCCUUCCGCCGCUCUAA